AAACUUUUCUUUGAGUUUUGUGUUAUAAAUAAACAGAAAUCAGAUUCAACAAUCAAAAAACAUACCAAGGUAACUAAGAUGGCGCAAGUUAACAACAAACAAGUGAUUCUGAAUGAUUAUGUUACUGGUUUCCCUAAAGAAUCAGACAUGACCAUAGUUGACAGUACCAUAACUCUUAACAUUCCAGAAGGUUCCAACGAUCUUGUUCUGCUCAAAAAUCUCUACUUGUCUUGUGAUCCUUACAUGCGGAUGCUCAUGAGCAAACCACAAGGAACUGCCAAUCCUCUUGCCUACACCCCUCAAUCUACAAUAGCUAGUCGUGGCGUGUCUAAAGUUCUGGAAUCUGGACACGAAGAUUAUAAGGAAGGUGAUUUAGUUUGGGGGCUUACUAAAUGGGAAGAGUACAGUUUGAUCCCUGCAGCUCAAAUACUUUUAAAAAUUCAGCAUACUGAUGUUCCACUUUCUUAUUAUACCGGAAUUCUCGGUAUGCCGGGAUUGACGGCUUAUGCUGGUUUCUUUGAAGUAGGCUCUCCCAAGAAAGGAGAGAAUGUUUUUGUUUCGGCUGCGUCUGGUGCUGUUGGUCAACUUGUUGGCCAAUUCGCUAAAUUGCACGGUUGCUAUGUUGUUGGAAGUGCUGGAACUAAAGAAAAGGUGGAUCUGUUGAAGAAUAAAUUUGGAUAUGAUGAAGCCUUUAACUACAAAGAAGAGCAAGACCUCGAUGCAGCAUUAAAAAGGUACUUUCCUGAAGGCAUUGAUAUUUACUUUGAGAAUGUUGGAGGAAAGACACUCGAUGCUGUACUAUUGAAUAUGAGAAUCCAUGGCCGCAUACCGGCAUGUGGAAUGAUUUCACAGUAUAAUCUUACUCAACCGGAAGGUGUAACGAAUUUGGCACAUCUCGUAUAUAAGCGGAUUCGAAUGGAAGGUUUUAACAGUGCUGAUUUCUUUCACCUGUAUCCCAAAUUCUUGGAGUUUGUCCUCCCUCAUAUCAGAGAGGAGAAAAUUGUGUAUGUGGAAGAUAUAGCUGAGGGUCUUGAGAAUGGUCCUGCAGCUUUGGUUGGCCUUUUUAGUGGUCGCAAUGUAGGUAAACAAGUGCUUGUUAUUGCUCGUGAAUAAGAAGCAUUUGCUUUUUCUAUAUCAGUUUGUGUUCUGAAUUUUAUAGAAAAUUUAGAAAUCUUUGUACCAUCUUUGCAGAGAACCAUUUUCACAUAUGUAGAGUAUAUGAUGAUACUGUGUUCCUAAUGGUGCAUAAUGCAUUGAGCUGUGUAAUGUAUUAUAGUGCUACGCAUAAGAAUAAAAGCAUUUGCUUGCUUUUGUACAUUGUCAUUAAAACAAUUUUUAGAUUGGAUAAAUCUAAGUUAAAUUAUUG